AUGUCCAACCGUAAACGGAGACUAUAUCCUAGCUUGACACGCGAGUUCAUGAACCAUGCUGUAAAUUCGGAUCGAAGUGACAGUGACGACUCGAUAGAUUCUUCCAGCUCGUUGUCCUGUUUAGCAGAGAAGCAUAACUGCCGAAGCAUUAAUGAUGGUCGUCGUCAUCGUUCUUCAUCACGACAUUGUCGCUCGCGUGAACACAGCACGUCCGAGUCGUUCAGUGGCGAGGAAACGUCUCGAUUGGUACCGGACCGAAGCCGAACUGUUAGUUGUGCAGAUUAUCUCGAUUUAGUGCGUUUCGAUCAGCACUGGAUAGUGACUGCUGUUUGUUUGUGCGUUUUCGGAGGUCUGGUGUUGAUCGCGUGCAGAGGGUAUAUUUUGAACUAUGCCGUGAGGCUUUGGACCGAGCAGAGGUAUAGCUACAGCGGCCAAAAAAUCAACGAUCGGUUCCUCGAACUACAGAGCCGGUUUCCGGCGCAAACUGCCCGCACCUGGUCGGUGUUAAAAGUCGCUGUUAAAGCGAUGUUGCGCGAUUAUCCACUGUGCCGACAGCCGUCGGUCGUAUUGGCGAUUUAUGGAGACGGUGCCCGUAGAACCUCAUACUGCCUCACGUUAGAGGUCGCCGAGAUGGUCAGCGAUCUGGUGUAUCCACGGCUACCUGCGAGCACGAUCAACUGUAGCCAGUACGAUCAUCUCUCCGCUUCCACCCUCAGAUUGUUGCUAGACAAGAGGCUUAAGGCAGCUCUGACAAGUUCCAGCGCAGUUGUCAUUGAGGAUAUUGCCAAUUUGACCGGGGACGCGAUUCGCAUCCUUCAUCCGUAUUGCGACACAAAUGACGCACCGUUCAAACCCAGACUCAUAAUCAUGACAUGUUUUUGCGGCCAAGCACCCCUCGAUACAGAAAACAUGGAGGUAGAUCGAGAAGCUGACGAAUGCCUUGAAGCCUUGUGCGCAAGCAAGCUUAUUGCCAAGGAUAUCACGAUGGCCUUAAUAUCGAGAAUUAGCUCAAAUGCGAUUAAUGUGGUCGCAGAGGCAACCGACCCGUGUUGA